AAUGCUCGCGCAGGGCUUUAAAUAGCAGGUGCUCGAACCCGUCUCCCAUCACACACACAUCACCAUCAUCAUCACCGCUGUAAUGUCCACCGCCAGCGCCGAGACGACCGCGCAACUGCCCUCGGCGGCGGGCCGAGUGUUCUUUCAGUCCGGCGUGGGUUGCGCCGGUUCCGCUCCGCUGCAGAGGGAUGACCCGGUGCCGAAGAAGCAGGGCAAAGUGACGGUAAAGUACGACCGCAAGGAGCUGCGGAAAAGACUCGUGCUGGAGGAAUGGAUCAUUGAACAGCUGAGCGAACUGUAUGACUGCGAGGAAGAGGAAAUGCCAGAGGUGGAGAUAGACAUCGAUGACCUGCUGGAGGUUAACAGUGAAGAUGAAAGGGCUGUAAAACUACAGGAAUCACUGUCAGACUGCUUCAAACCCACCGAUGAAUUUGUGCGUGAGCUGCUUGGUAGGAUAAGAGGAAUGAGAAAACUCAGCGCUCCUCAGAAGAAGAGCUUUUAAGUGCUUGAAAAUGCCAACGACAAUCCAGCUACCUGGACUAUAAGUCAUCGCUCAGCCUCACAGCAUACAGCACACUACCCCUCAAGGACUCCAUAUCCCAUAAUGCAUUUCUCAUCAAUAUACCAGAAUUCAUUUUCCAAGGACCCAUAUACUGCAUCACAAAAAACAUGCAAUCAACAUUUGUUCAGACUUCAAACUUAAAUUCAGUAGUAAGCCAUGUAUGUGUUUUCCGAUGUUAUCCAUAAUUCAGGCAAUAAAUCUUGCAAAGUUCAUCCAGGACACAACUUCAGUAAAAAACUGAAUCUCAGUAACCAUCUGGGAUGAUGUAUAGGCACAACUUCUCUGUAAGUCUUCUUGGCCCUCUCCCCAGUUGGUUUAUAAUCAGAUGCAGUAGUACAAUAUAGUAGCAGUGUUUUUAUAGACUACAACUGAAUGCAAAGCUAUUUUAUGUAUAGUUUAUAUUGUUUUUCUAUUUUUUUCACACUUUUUUUAAGUCCUGUAAUAAUUUUUUUAGAUAUCUGAUUUUAGGUCAGUAGUAAUGGCCUACAUUAACCAAUAAACGUCUAGCUUUAUUUUAAUAUCAUUCUUUUCCGCACGCUUAACUUGAGCAAAGAGCAUGAUAGGAUUUGUAGUCUUUCAUAUAGGGCCAGUAUCAAAUAUAUGUUUGUGUAAUGUUAAGUUAAAAGUCAUAUAAUUGGCCGGAAUACAUAUCAGUAGGGCUGGGCAAAAAAUUAUUUUUCGAUUAAUCGGGGUUUUUUACGUGGUCGAUUCAAAAUUGAUUCUCAAAGGCCACGAAUCGUUUUUUUCAUAUUUAUUUCUGCAAACAUUGAACGUAAGAUUAACGUUCAUCUAAUUACUAGUCUUCUCCACUAGAUGUCACCCUCUUUUUUGCCUUGCGCGAUGUUACCAAGGAGCGAGAGGCGAGCCUGUCAUUCAUUAAUUCAUUCAGUGCUUAAAAUGGCGGUUUCAGGUGCUUCGUCGACGUUGAUGUCACCUUCACAUAAGAAGUCAGAUGUAUGGAAGCAUUUUAGAUUUUGCAAGCAAGACGACGAUGAUAGUGUUUUGGCUUUUAAUUUCUUUUAAUUAAUUACCCACUUGUUAACUUCUGUUCACUGUUCUUUUUUAUAAAUAUAGUAUUUGUAUUGAAUCUAUAUUCAUUGAGUUGAAUCGAGAACCGAGUAUAAAAAUCGGCCCAAGAACCGGAAUCAUAAAUCGAAUCGAGAAUCGAAUCGAUUUGAUAGCUUGUGAGUCGAAAUCAAAUCGAUCUGGAACAUCUUAAUCGAUACCCAGCCCUACAUAUCAGUCGAUCAACCAUCAUUAAUUGUGGUUUAUUUCAUGAAUUUCGGCUAAAUUAACUUUACAUUUGUAUGAAUUUUACGAGUUGGCUAAUUCAUAUGAAUUCAUACAAAGUAGUCAUACAUAAACUUACGAUUAUUAUUAUUAUUAUUAUUAAAAAACAAUAAUGAAACCCCGCCCCUGAACAUCAUAGGGGCGAAAGCAAAUCAUUCAAAAACGUACAAAUGUGGCCGUAUGAAUUAAUACGAAUAAGCCACCUUGUUGGUUCGAACUUAGAAGGUCCGAUCAAGCGCAUUGCAUUGUGGGAUACAGUGUACCAUGCAGUCAGCUCUACUGUAUACUUGACAAAUGUAGAUCAUCUAUG